AUGACAGCAUCCAGCCAUGCGAAUGCAAAUGCAAAUGCAAAGGCCCGACUGGCAGCGGUAGCAAAAAUAUUGUCACCCACUUCUUCGGUUGAGAACCCACCGUUCCCGUAUCCGGUCGCAAACCCGUCGGUGCCAUUUUGGCGGACAGAGCUCCACCCUCUCGAUUCCCACCGGAGUACACCAGAGCUGCCACAGCACUGCGAGAUUGCCAUCAUAGGAGCUGGAUAUACUGGGGCCUCGCUAGCUCAUCAUUUGCUUGACGGGAACGAUGCUGCUGGGCCAUCGAUAGUCAUCCUGGAGGCCCGUGAGGCUUGCUCGGGGGCUUCGGGGAGAAAUGGAGGCCACUUGAAGCCGGACGUCUACUUCAACAUCCCAAAGUACAAGAAAAUGUACGGCGAUAAGAUGGCAACUGAGAUUUCUAAAUUCGAGUCUUCUCAAGUCUAUGCAGUCAAGGAACUAGUGGAGAAAGAGAAGAUCGACUGCGAUUUUCAAUUGACGAGAGCAGUAGACACUUGCUUGGAUCAGGCGCAUGCGGACAAGUGUAAAGCCGAGUUUGACGAACUGGUUGCAGCCGGCGAGCCGUCGACAAGAGACGUACAAUAUGCUGCUGGGAAGGACGCCGAAGCUCUUUCCGGUGUGAUUGGAGCUAAAGCUGCAUUCAGUUUCACUGCCGGUCAUAUCUGGCCGUAUAAGCUAGUAAUGCAUCUCCUUCAACGUGCCGUUGAUCGAGGAGUCAACCUACAAACGAAGACUGCCGUGUUGAACAUCUCGGACUCUUCAUUGGAAGAUGGCUACUCCUCUAUCAAAACGCAGCGCGGCACCAUAUUUGCCAAGACCAUUGUUCUAGCGACCAACGCCUACACCUCUUCACUGGCGCCUGAAUAUUCGAGCAAAAUUGUCCCAUCCCGAGGCAUCUGUACCAGAAUAAAGACCCCAGAGGGAACAACAGUUCCGUAUCUUCCCAACACGCAUAGCGUGAGACACGGACCUGGGCUCUAUGACUACCAAAUCCCGCGCACUGAUGGCAGCAUAAUCGUCGGAGGCGCCCGCCAUACAUUCUCCGAGGACCUGAGCCAAUGGUAUAAUGUCACCGAUGAUGCUACGCUGAUCGAGCCAGCAGUUGAGUAUUUCAGGAACGACAUGAUGCAAAAAACGUAUCGGGGUUGGAAGGACUCUGGUGCACAGCUUGAUCGGGCCUGGACUGGAAUCAUGGGAUACACUUCGGAUCUGAUGCCACACAUCGGAGCAAUUCCCAAUAAACCCAACCAGUACAUCUGCGCGGGUUUCAACGGGCAUGGUAUGCCAUUGAUUCUGCUCUCUACCAAGGGACUUGCCAAAAUGAUCCGCGACGGGUGUGGGUUUGAAGAGACAGGUAUCCCGGCAGUUUUCCAGACAACCGAGGAACGCCUGAAAGAUGAAUCCAACGCUAUCCUCGAGACGAAGCCCCAGUGA